CGAUACACCCGCAGCCACCCCAAGACGACUGGCCUCGACAACCACCCUGCCACCCUCCUGCAGCCGCCAACAUGAAGACGCAGUGGAAGGAUAUCCCCGUCGUCCCGACGAGUCAAGAAUUUCUCGACAUUGUGCUCUCGCGCACGCAGCGCCGGCUUCCCACGCAAAUCCGUGCUGGCUUCAAAAUUAGCAGAAUUCGCGCCUUCUACACCCGCAAGGUCAAGUACACCGCCGAGACCUUCAGCGAGCGCUUGUCCGCCACAAUCGAUGCCUUUCCGCGCCUCCAAGACAUCCAUCCGUUCCACCGCGAUUUGCUGAACACCUUGUACGAUGCGGACCACUUCAGGAUUGCUCUCGGCCAGCUGUCCACCGCGAAAUCCCUCAUCGAAGCCGUCAGUCGUGACUAUGUUAGGUUACUCAAAUAUGGGCAAUCGUUGUUCCAAUGCAAGCAGUUGAAGAGAGCCGCUCUUGGGCGCAUGGCGACAAUUUGCAAACGCCUAAAAGACCCGCUCGUAUACCUAGAACAAGUCCGGCAACACUUAGGGCGUCUCCCCGCUAUCGAUCCCAACACUCGAACUCUUGUCAUCUGUGGCUAUCCGAACGUGGGCAAGAGUUCGUUCCUGCGAUCCAUCUCGCGAGCCGACGUGGACGUGCAACCCUAUGCAUUUACCACCAAGAGCCUGUUCGUCGGCCACUUUGACUACAAGAUGUUGAGGUUCCAGGCAAUCGACACCCCGGGGGUUCUUGACCACCCACUGGAGGAGAUGAACACCAUCGAACACCAAAGCAUCUGCGCUAUAGCCCACCUGCGGGCUGCCGUUCUCUACUUUAUGGAUCUGUCCGAGCAGUGCGGAUACAGUGUGUCGUCGCAGAUCUCGUUGUUCAACAGCAUCAAGCCACUUUUCGCCAACAAGUUGGUCUUCAUUGUCAUCAACAAGAUCGAUCUGGCCCGCCCGGAGGAUUUGGAUGCCGCCACACAAGAGCAACUUCAGGGAAUGCUGAAGUCUGGUGAGGUGGAACUUCUUCAGCUAUCCUGCACCACCACAGAAGGCGUCAUGGGCGUUAGGAAUGCCGCCUGUGACCGAUUACUGGCCGCUCGCAACGCGGAGAAGCUGAAAGCGGGUACGAACAGCUCAGGAGAGCCCACGGGACGGCUGGGAGACCUGUUGCGUAGGAUCCACGUUGCUCAGCCCCUAGGCGGGGUGGUUCGCGAGGCCUCUAUCCCCGAAGCUGUUCUGAAGAUGAAGAAGUACGACCCGAACGAUCCAGACCGUCCCAAGCUGGAGCGCGACUUGGAGGAAGAGGAGGGCGGCGCCGGAGUCUACAACUACAACAUGAGGAAGAAUUAUAUCCUGGACAACCCCGAUUGGAAAGAAGACCGCAUCCCCGAGGUUUUCGACGGAAAGAACGUAUAUGAUUUCAUCGAUCCGGAUAUUGAAGCCAAGCUUGCAGCACUCGAGGCUGAAGAGGAGAAGCUGGAAGCAGAGGGCUUCUACGAUGAGUCUGACGACCUUGAAGACGCAGAGGAGGCCGACAUUCGAUACAAGGCAGAGCUCAUCCGGGAAAAGAGGCAGCUCAUCCGCAACGAGGCGAAGAUGAGGAAGAGCCUCAAGAACAGGGCCAUCAUCCCGCGAGGCGCGAAGGCAAAGAAGCUCUCUGAAAUGGAGGCUCACCUUGGGAGCCUCGGAUAUGACACUUCCAACGUUGCGACUCGAGCACGCAGUCAGAGUCGGGGUCGUAGCUUGGCCCGCGGCAGGUUAGAAGGUGUGGACGGCGAUGCUAUGGAGAUUGAUACACCCAAGGCAGCCCUGGAGCGAGCGAAGAGCAGAGCCAGAAGUCAGAGCACGAACAGGCGGACGGACGGCGUCACGAACGAAGCCGCCCGCUCGCAAGCCGAGCGUCUGGCCAAGUUGUCCCAGAAGAAGAUGAACAGGAUGGCUAGGCAAGGUGAAGCAGAUAGACACCAGACUGGAUCGCUGACGAAGCACUUGGUUGCGGGCAAGCGCGGCAUUGGCAAAACGAACAGGCGAUAAAGUGAUGUUACGCAUAUCCGGGUAUCUCGUACAGUAGAGGUGGAUAUGAGGCGUUCAGGAAUUGUUCGAUACCAUUCCUUGCUGGUGAGCUUCUUGGCAGCGGGGCGGAUCUGUUCUUCAUCAACCAAGGGAAACGCUUAUAGAUUCAUUGUCUAUAUUCGCUGGAUACCACUCAUCAGCUCAUUAGAGGAGACACAGUUGUCCGCCUUUGGCGUUAGAGGUCGGGCGACGGUCGCCUAUACUAAAAGUGCUGAUAAACAAUUCAGGCCUUUGCGCCUCUGCCUC